CAACAAAAGAAAUUAAGAAAAAACACAAACAUAUGUUUAAAAAUAGACCAAACACUAUUUUUAAUCACAAGAAAAUUUUCAAUUUUGCUGCAACUAGGAUUACAAGUGCAACAUGAUUUAAAUUUUAAUAAAAAAAAUUCUAAAUAGAAAAUUUGGAAUAAAUCCUCAUUAAUAACCAAAAAAAAUUUUAAGAAAAAUCUCUUAACAAAAUGAGUUCCAUAUUGGAUAUGCGUACCGCUAAGCCCACCAUUUGGGAGGAGCUGAGCAAUUUGUUUUUGCCACUUAAAUACAUCAUCACCAGCGAAAGAUUUGAUGCUUUAGUGGAGAAUAUCAAUUUCAAUUACCUGGUGAAUGCUAUGUUCUGGAUAUUUCUAUUCUUCAGUUUUGGCUUUAUAGGAUUCCAGAAAUUAUUUCAGGUCUUCCUAAAAACUUCAAACAUCAAAUACUACAAACACAAACAAUUUGCACGUUCCAUUUGGAAUAUUGCCUUCUAUGCGGCCUGUACUCUAUUCUUGUACUUUUAUAAUGAAUUGGUAAUUUUGCCGCAACUUUUAAAAAAUCAAGGACGCUACUCUUUAUUCUAUUCCUCGGAAAAUCUCAUAUUUUAUAAAUCGCAACAAUGUGAAAAAUUUCAAUUUUAUUCGAUAUUUAUUAUAACAUUCUAUUUACACGGCGCCAUGUUGGACUUUAAGGAAUCGGAUUAUUUGGAAGCGGCUUCCAAGAGUUUAUAUUUGAUGUCAUUGGUGGCUAUAGAUGUUUAUAGAUACGAAAACUACUUCGUGGGCGUAAACUUAAUUCUUGGUGUCUACAAUAUUAUCACUGAAAUUCUCUCCUUACUUGCUUUGCAAAAUUCUAAGAGGAAUUUAUUGGUCUAUCAAAUAUUUCUGGGCUUACGCAUAGCCUCUUGGUCCCAUGUUUUUAUCAGUCUCUUGCCCUUUAAAUAUUUAGUUCCCACUUUAUUUGCCAAAAAUUUUAAAUUUAUUCUGAAUAUUGUCAUUUGGCUGUGGUACGGUUUGAGUAUUUGGAAUUCACCCGUAUUGCAAUAUUUCUACCAUCAGAUUUACCACAAUUCUCCAGUCGACUGUUCGGGAGAGGGUUCGGCAGCCAAGUGUAUUUUACUUAAAGACUCUAGUGAACAUAGGCAUUUUAAGGCCUUGAAGAAAGCUUAUUUGGAGGUGAAAUUGGCUCAGGAAAAGAUGAGUGCUAGUAAUUUAAGUGCCACCGGUACGGAAAGUUCCUCGGCUAAGGCUUUUCAGGCCAUAAAAUGUAUUAUGACUUUAAAACGUAAAUUGAAACGUAUACGAGAGGGUCGUGGCAGUGAGGCUGAAGAUGAUAACGAUGAUGCUCUAUCCACUGAGUGUUAAAUGAUAAUUAUAAUCAGAAUUUAAUAAUUUGUUUUUCGUUUUAAAGACAAUAUUUUUCUAGUAAAUUGUGUGUAGUUAAAUAUGUAUUAUUAAAAAAUUCUAUGUUAGUUAGUUAGCCAGCAUGUGUGUGACAAUUGUUUAUUAAUCUAGCUUCCUAUUAUGAAUCUUUAGCUUAAUCUUUAUAAAAUUAUAAAAGUGAUUUAUAUUUCUCUCUAAUAGCUGCUUGUAAAUGAAUAGCUGCUGCGUUUUAUAUGAAAAUUUAUAGUUAAGCAUUAAAAUUAAUUAUAUUUCCAAAUAAAUUUGAAUUUU